CAGGUCGAGGUCGGAGAUGUAAUUUUAAAAGUAAACGAAACAAAUGUAAACCGAUUUAGCACUAAAGAAGUUUUAAAAUGCCUUCGAUUAUCUACAGAUCCUGUUACGUUAAAAAUAAAACGCGAUCCAAAAUUCAAAGCGAUCGUCCGAAAACAUCUGCUCUCGACGACUGGAGGCGGCGCUGGUGAUGGAGUCAACGCGCCAGCGGCGGUGCACCUGAACAACUCGAACGCCAAUUCGAACAGCAACUCGAAUGCCAACACUGGAGUAGCGGCGGCAGCGACGACCAUCAAGAGCAGUAGACCGGAGCCAGGGGUGCACCAGGUGCUGCACCAAACGAAAACCAGUUACAACAAGAAUGGUAGCAGGUUUGUGCCCACCACAAACGGCAGCUGUGCUGAACAAGAACCUUUACUUGGAGGAGGAGACCAUUACGACAGACAGCCUGAAGCGGAGAACGAACGAUUGCAAUGGCAGCCUUUGGCAGCUAACAAUCAAGAAAAAAGCGGCAACAAGGGCUCCCAGCCCAAAUUUGAAGCUUACAUGAUGACGGGAGAGCAUAUUCUCAACAUUUCUCGUAUGCCACCGACUACAACCAUUGUUCCUAAGCAACAGAAGAAGGUGGAUAAUUUAAGGUACCACAAUAGCCACGCGCACCACCUGCGUCAUCAACAACAAUACAACUCGGUACCAAACAGCCCAAACGAAAUGGAAAUGGGACAUCGAUCUGCAAGCGCGGCGCCCGGCAACCACUGUCGCUCUGGGCCCAACUCAACCAACACAUCACCAGUCAGUGCCAACAAAAAGGACCAUUCACACCAGCAUCAAUCUGCGCAAAACCAGCAACCGCUACAGCAGUCCUCGCCGGCAGACCCGUACUCACAGAACAACUACGUGCGUACCAGUCGAUCGGAGGAUCAGCUUCAGGCCGCCAACGAUCGCUGCAUAGCGAGCGGCGGAAACCAGGACGACGAGGACGUGACCAGCUCGCUGAACACGCUGCUGGACACGCGGCCCGAUUCCGCCGCCUCGAGCGACGCCGAUCGGAUAGUGUGGACGUACAACGCGCCCAUCACCGAGCAACAGCACAAGUUCCAACAUGCCUUGUCGAACGGCAGCAGUUCGUCGCAUAGCAACACCUCGCCUACGUCUUCAAGUCCUCUUCAUUCGGGAUCUCCUGCCUCUCCAACAUCGGUGUCUUCCUCGGUAAUGUCGAGUCACUCGGGAUCGCGACGGUUGCCAUUCCCGCCAACAAACGGACCGAGCGGAGCCCCUCAAAACUACGUGGGUGGCGGCGGCGGAGGAGGUGACUACAGCGUUUCCGAGGCGAUCUCCAACAUCUCCAGUCCGGAUUACCAUGACGACGACAGCGUUGGCAUCAGGGACUGCGUGAUGGAGAUCAGCGAUCACAGCGACAGCGAUAGCACCCUGCUGGUCAGCGAACCGAGGCAGAGCAGGCGGCCACACGGCAGCGAUCAUCGCAUUGUGAUACAAGUGAAGGGCCCUGACAAAGAUAGGCACAGACAAAAUAGUGGUGAUAAUAGUGUUAGGAACGAUAUGUACGGAUAUCAGGUAUCCGAAUCUCAUCAUGAAUACGAACAAGACGACCCCACGGAAUUGGCGACGAGGGACGAAUAUAACCGAUCCUCGCCGCAUUCGUCGGAAGAUGAAAGUGACGUGGAGAGCCUCCACAGUUUCCAUUAUUCGCCGAAGGCAGUCGACAUGCCUUCGGCUAUUCGACUCGCCAAACGCCUCUACGGACUUGACGGGUUCAAAAAAUCCGAUGUUUCAAGGCAUUUAAGCAAAAACAACGAUUUCAGCAGAGCUGUAGCAGAAGAGUAUCUAAAGUAUUUUGAUUUUAAAAAAGACACGUUGGACUUGGCAUUACGAAAGUUCCUUAAGCAGUUCUCUCUUACUGGCGAAACGCAGGAACGCGAGAGGGUGCUUGUACACUUUUCGAAGAGAUUUUUAGACUGUAAUCCAGGAUCUUUUAACUCUCAAGAUGCUGUGCAUACCCUAACGUGUGCAAUAAUGUUGCUUAACACAGACCUGCAUGGACAGAAUAUCAGUAGGAAAAUGACAUGUACAGAAUUCAUAGACAAUUUAGUCGGAUUAAACGAAGGAGAAAACUUCCCAAGAGAGGUUCUAAAAGCGCUUUAUCAAGCCAUUAAGACACAUCCUCUUGAAUGGGCAAUUGAUGAAGAGAUUGAGGAUGGUCACAUGCCAGGACAGAUAAAAAAUUUCGACAUGGUAAAUAUGGGUGGUAAUCCAUUCCUGAACAUUCCUGUUUCAGCCAAUGCGGUAGAAUACAAAAAAGGUUACGUAAUGAGAAAGUGUUGUUACGAAGCGAACGCCAAGCGAAGCCUUUGCUGCAUUUUUCUAGCACCGUUUCACAAGCGUAGCUGGAAGAUGUUCUAUUGCACGCUGCGGGAUCUCGUACUCUAUCUGCACAAGGACGAGAACGGCUUCAGAAAAAAUCAAAUGGGUGGUGACAACCUGCACAACGCGAUCCGGAUACACCACGCGUUGGCGACGAAGGCGAGCGACUACACCAAGAAGCAAUAUGUGUUCAGAGUGCAAACGGCCGACCAGGCCGAGUAUCUCUUUCAAACCAGUGAUUCAAAGGAAUUACAAUCGUGGAUAGACAACAUUAAUUUCGUGUGCGCCAGUUUUUCGGCGCCACCUCUAGAAGCCGCCGUAGGUUCCCAAAAGAAAUUCCAACGCCCUCUACUUCCAUGUAGUCAUACUAAACUUAACUUGAGAGAACAACUAGCUGAUCACGAGGAGAGAGUUUAUAGACUAGAAGCGACGUUAGAUGAGCACAGGAAAAAUCCGCCAGAGAAGGGGUCCAAAUCCCUUGUUGUACAAAAUUAUAAAGAAAAAGAGGCCUAUUUAAAUUUUGAACUAAAACGUUACAAAACCUACUCGUACAUGCUGCGCUCAAAGAUAUCUCAGUACACCGAGCUAGGAACGACAUGCCUGGCUGAGAACAGCAUAGGGGAGGUGGAGGAGGCGAUGGGCAUCUGCGGUUUCGGCUCCGAAACGUCGACGACGACGACGACCGCCACCACUGCCAACGUGACGGUGAUCGAGGGUGCAGCUGGCGGCAUCGUGCCGCCGCCCAUUCCGGACCGGCCGUCGCCGCCAAUCAAUAGGUGUAGUUUUACUGUUGUGCACAUAACUUACCUUCCAAAACAUCAUUCUUAUUCUUCCUUAAGG